AUGAAUACAAAAACUUUGAUAUUCUAAAGGAGUACUAUAAAUUCAGAACAAUGGAAAUUAUUACAAAGAGAUGUAUAUAAUUAUAUAAAAGUUUUUAGCCUUAGUUGUUUAAACUUGCUUAACAAUUAAACAGAAAUCGAACUUAAUCAAAUAUUACAACAUCAAAACAGAUGAAAAUAGGCAAUCAAUCUAUAUCAAGAAUAAAAUUAGACUCUAUAAAAAUUGAUUCCAACGAUGAUACCUUAUAACAGAAUGAAGAAAAAUCAAAAUAAAAAAUGAUUAUUGCAAGCAGAUCAGGUUAAUUUAUAAGAAAACUUAACCUGAAUAAUUAAGUGUAUAUAAAGAAAGUUUAUCAAGGAAAUUAUUUUUUUGAUAAAAUAAAAGAAAUUCUAACAAGUGGACUUAAAGAUAAUUGUCCUUUAAAAAAAAUGAGUAGAGAUGCUCUCAAUUAAAUACACAUGAUAAUGACUUAUUAAGAAUCAAUCCCUGAAGUUUCUCUAUUAUAUUAAGGGAAAUCAUAAAAAUAGAUUAAAAUAGUCUUUGAUCUAGAUGAAACUCUAGUUCAUACAGAGGAAGUACAAAAAGAUAAAGUUUAUGAUUUUAAAAAUAAUGAAUUUGGAUUGUUUAUUAGACCAUAUUGUCGUCAUGUAUUAAAAGAGUUAAGUUAACUUGCAGAUUUAUUUGUAUUUACAUCUGCUAAUUAAAAAUAUGCAAAGACAGUAAAAUAUUAUUUAUUAAUUUUUAGAUAAUAAAUCUCAUUGAUCCAGAAAAUACUUACUUUAAGGGUCAUUUUUACAGAAAUCAUUGUAUUUCUUUAUAAAGCAGAAUGUAACUAAAACAUUUAGGAAUUCUAUCAAAUAACUAUUCUAAAACUGUUAUAAUUGAUAAUAGUCCAAUUUUUUAUAUGUAUUAUAUUGAUAUUAAGUGAUUUAGGGGUUAGCCAUAUAAUGGUAUACCAAUAGCUCCUUUUAUUGAUGAUGCUCAAGAUAAUGAAUUAAUGAAGUUGCUAAAUUUUUUAAUAGAAAAAAUUAUAUAAUCAGAUGAUGUUAGAGUUACAAUUAAAAGAUUCUUUCAAUAUGAUAUGUUUAGGUAGUUUUCUGAUGGAGUCACUGCAUUCAACAUAUUAUAUAAUUGA